UCUCAAAGACUGCAACAAUGUAAAUUUCUUUAAAGUUUAAUUGCUCAUUUCACUUUGAGCGCAGGAAAAACCUCAAGCUGGGGCAAAAAGGUAGUAGAGCGGAAGGAGAAGUUAAGGACUGAGGUGCUUUGCAGAUCAGUGUUUGAAAGUGAACAGCCAACCUAACAAGAAGCAAAAACCACAGAACAGAGUACCACAUUGUCUUUCUGUUCACUUUGUUUCACAAAAUCAUCCAGGCUCUUCCUACAUUUCUCUCUUACCACCUUUUUCUCUCUCUCUCUCUCUUUUUUUUUUUUUUUUAAUUUCACAGAUGCCACUGGGGUAGGUAAACUGACCCAACUCUGCAGAACUCAGAGGACGAAGAGAAGACUUCUACUUGAGCAGUUUUUCCAUCCCUGCUAUGUGCCGGAAAUGAAGACAUUGCCUGCCAUGCUCGGAAUUGGGAAAUUAUUUUGGGUCUUCUUCCUAAUCCCAUAUCUGGACAUCUGGAGAAUCCAUGGGAAAGAAUCAUGUGAUGUACAGCUUUACAUAAAGAGACAAUCUGUAUACUCUGUCUUAGCAGGAAAACCCUUUAACCUACAAUGCCCUGUGAAAUACUGUGCUCACAGGCCUCAUGUGACUUGGUGCAAGCUCAAUGGAACAAAAUGUUUACCACUUGAAGAAGGACUUCAACGACACACAAGUUGGAAAGAAGAGAAGAACAUUUCAUAUUUUAUUCUACAUUUUGAACAAGUGCUUCCUAGUGACAGUGGGUCAUACCGCUGUUCUGCACAUUUUUCACUUCAACUCAUUGAAAGCCACUCAACAACUGUUUAUGUGAGAGCAUUUACUAACACUCCAGAUGUAAACAGUACCUCAGAACGACCCUCCAAGGAUGAAAUGGCCAACAGACCAUGGCUCCUGUAUAGUUUACUUCCUUUGGGGGCAUUGCCUCUACUCAUCAUUACCUGUUGCUUCCUGUUCUGCUGCCUGAGAAGGCACCAAGGAAAGCAAAAUGAACUUUCUGACACAGCAGGAAAGGAAAUUAUCCUGGUUGAUGUUCCCUUUAAAAGUGAGAAAACAGAAGCAAGCACCAGGCAAAAUUCCCAAGUACUGCUAUCAGAAAGUGAAAUUUAUGAUAAUGACCCUGAACUUUGUUUCAGGAUGCAGGAAGGGUCUGAAGUUUAUUCUAAUUCACGCCUGGAAGAAAACAAACCGUGUAUUGUUUAUGCUUCCCUGAACCAUUCCAUCAUUGGAGUGAACUCAAGACACGCAAGACCUGUGAAAGAAGCACCAACAGAAUAUGCAUCCAUAUGUGUGAGGAGUUAAGUCUAUUUCUGACUCCAACAGGGGGCAUCGAAUGAUCAGCGUGUCAACAUCAUCGUCUGGGACCAAUAGGAUGUCGAAUAAUAUUUCUCAAUUUGAGAAUUUUUACUUUAAAAAUGUUCAUGUUAGUGCUUGGGCUUUAAGGGUCCAUUGGAUGAAUGAUUACAAUUUCUCCCAGAAACUUAUUUGGGAGCUUUUUAUAUUAUAACCUUGAACAAGAAAAUCUCUCCAAAACUGAUUUAUAUCAUGAGUAGCAGAAUAGUAGAACAUUUAAACUCAGCUCCAUUUCACCCAAUAUACAAACUCAAUCUUGCUUUUGAAGCUCUUGGAAAGACUUGUAGGGAAAAGAGGUUUGUGUUAUCUGGAUCGGUUUACUACACACUCUUGAAAACAAAAUGUCUCAAUUUGACUAACCAACCAUAAAUACAGUAAUGAUUUUACAUUUCAAGUCAAUCUUUCAUGAUAAGAAAUUUUUCCUCUGUCAAUCUAAGAAUGGUGUUUCUUAAAUGCAAAGGAGAAAUCAUUUUAGACUUGAUGUAAGAAAAUGAAAAGAAUAAAUAGUGCAAUAAAAAUAUAGAAUAUACCAAUUAGAUGUAGAGUAGAUGUUCUCCAUAUCUGGCAAGCAAAUGCUUAUAUCUACUCUCUUAGAUUGAUAGACAAAUACAGGUAUUAAUGGAGCAGUCAACGUAUAGUACAUUUAUGAAUAAAAUAGUGACUCACUGUUUGGGUCACAUAGACUGAUGGAUAAGAAUAUGACAUAAUGCUGCUGAAUUAAUAGACUUAUGGGCAUCCGAAUAGCUUAGAAGUUAGUCAGAAUAGGUAUUAUUGGGCAAGUGAAGAUUGAUAGCUUAAACUGCUUCAUGCUUAACUUGAUAGCAAGUUAAAGUGCAAUUAACGGAAUGGUGGAAAACCCAGAAUAUUUAAUUGGUCAGCAGGGGUCAAUACGCUUUCAUUCACCACAUCUGCAUCUUGCUGUUAUUCUUACUAAGGAAUCAGGGCAAAUUAUCUGUAGUGACAUAUUUUAGUUUGCUAAUCAUUUAUUUUAAAAUACUGAGGUUGCAGCCACUUAAGAGCACAGCAAAAGAUGGAUUCAGAUAUUUGGAAUUUCCAAAGUACUUGAGUUAAAUUAUUUCAAAAGUACCCUAUAACUUUAUUCAACAGUUUGAGGUGAUUAGAAUUGUCAGGUGCUGCUACUGAAUAAUGUAAUAGUCUUCAUACAAAGUGGAUAGCAAAGGUUAAAAUCCAUUUGAACAAAUAUGUGAGCUGAGCUGCUGUACAAAUGAAUGUGACCUGUGUGUGUGUGUGUGUGUGUGUGCGAGCGUGCGCAUGUGUGUGUGGUGUGUAUUUUAGGUGGGGUGGGUGACAACAGAAAUGGUGCAUGAUCAAAUUGAUAUUACAUUUUCAGUUUGCUUUUGAAGCUCAAAAUACUAGAUUAAAUGGGUCAUUAAAGAAAAUAAUGUGUGAAAUUAUGGAGUUGAGAGUAUAAGUGGGGUAAACAUAUACAAAGACAAAACUGAGGUUUUGUGGUGGAGAGAGUUUCUUAUAUAACACUGGCAUUACAUUUUAGCUCCUUAGAUUUGGGAGUGCAGAUAUUCUUUUGAGUCACUGUUAUUUAGCCAAUUACACCUAGAAUUUUAAGCAACCAAUUCUAGAUAGGCUCUUUUAGCCAGGCUGCAUUUGUGGACGACUUAUGUAAGAAAGACAUCUAGCUGCUUGUGGUAUUCUUAAAAAUAGAAACAGGAAAUAUGGGGAGGAUACAUUUAGCUGUCCUCUUAUCAGAUGAACACACAAAGCUGAACAGUUCCCUUAUGAUUCUCUCAAACUUAAAAGCAAAAUAUUUCUGUCUUAUUUAGAAUAUUCUUAGUAUGUCUUACAGUAAAGAUAAUGCUGAUAAUGAUUUCAUCUCUAUGAUUUAUUAAUAUAUUUGUACUAUUUGCCAAAAUCACACAUCAUUCAUGUUUUUAUUCCUUUUCAAAAUGGUGUCAGAGAUAUAUAUGUAUUUUCCCAAAUGAAUCUAUUUCACUAUUAUUUAGGCUUAUUUCCUUAAUUUAUAAUGGUUUGAGCAAAAGAAUAUGUAGAUAAUUUAAUGGUUUUUCACAAAUUUUAAGCUUGUUGAUUGUUCUCAAUAAGAAGGUAAAGUUAUUAAAACUUAUUUGAAAUCAA